CGUAAGCAACAGUGCCACGUCAGCAGUGCCACGUCAGCAGCGCCCCGCCACCAUGACGGGCGCAGCUCUGGGCAUGCCAGGCCAACUGGCCAAUGAGUCGCUUGCCGACUACAAACAGCGGUUCCAGGCUCAGAACACUCUCAUCGAGGCUGAGGAACAGCGCCAGCUGGCAGCCGAGGCUGCCCGCCUACAGGCUGAAGCAGCGGCAACAGCGGAGAAGCAGCGGCUACAGGCAGAAGCAGAUGCAGAUACCCAGGCACGCCGCAAGGAGGCCCAGGUUCUGCUGCAGCGGCAUGAAGCUGCCAGCAUCGAAAGACUCAAGUUCUGGCACUUUGAACCGGCCAACGGCGAGGACGCGACACCGGAAGAGCAGCAUAAGGAGUUCUUCUCCAAACUCGUGACACGGUUGUUGUACACGUGCAACUACCAACAGUCCGAGUUAGAGAAACAGAACCAGAAACUGCAGCAACAGUACCAGGAUCUGAAGAUACAGCACCAGGAGUUGGCGAACGUCCGCCGGAUAGUGCAGAGCCACGAGGAUGCAACACGGGCACUCAAUUCCCGUGUACUGGACCUGGAACAGGCUGUACCAGGACUAGAUGCUGGGGCUUCCAGCAGUGCACCCUCUAGCCGCCAACUGGAGGAACGCGUUGACCACGUAGUGGCAAUGCUGGGCGACAUCAGCACCUUCGCGGCGCCAACCACCAUCAGCAGCCAGCUGGACACUGGAGAAGACCCAGCAGCCACUCCAUCAUCACGUGACGGAGAUCAGGUGGCUGUUGUCCAGCCGCGAAGCAACAACAAGUCCCGGAACAAUGGGAAGGCGAAACCGGCAUCGCAAGCCGGAAAUGGACAGCCAGCACCAUGGGUCAAGUUUAGCUUGACCGAGGCGGAGUACAAGUACCGCGGCUGCUACGGCUGCUGCUACUGGUGCAACAGCACCAAGCACAAGACCUCUCUUUGCCAGGAUCAGGCCAAGGAGGAUGUGCGACCCCGUCUCAGCUCGGGAAAUUUCGCGGGAGGUGAGGCGACUCCACCUUCCACUCCGCCAGAUUCGGUCGCCUUGCUAGCGGCCUCCUGCACAUCUGGGGAGGAUGCGAAUGUCGUAAGUUCUCGGUACACUUACAAGGACUAUGCUGUCCACUUGGUUCCACCGCUGGACCAACCGCUCCAUGUGCAACAAUCAACCGCAUGCACGGUUUCAUCACCAUCGGCAACCAAUUCGGCAGCUUCGCCGCCAUCUAUCGCCGGGGAUUCGACGUCAUGGUCAAGACUUGAAGAGCUCGACCCAUUGACGUUCGCAGACUUCCAAUGGAUGCCCGUUCCCUCGACCGGACGAUUGCCGAAACCGCAUUGCAACGUGCUCAUGGCACAACUGCGGGAUUACUUGCACACUGCAGUACCGACUCCGUUGAUGGACGCCGGAGUAGAGGUUGUCGACCUUCACGCCUACAUUGCGAAGAUCGACUGUGAGUUCAAGACGCAACGCGACGUGUUCGAAGGCCCGCACGGAGUAGUACCGGAUCGACCCAUCCGCCUCGAGAUUAUCCUCGAGGACAGGGCUGUACCUCCGCGCGGUUGCAUCUACCGAAUGAGCGAGGAAGAGUUAAGUGUGCUUCGGGCACAACUCGACGACCUUCUGGAGAAAGGCUGGAUUCGGUCUAGCUCAUCGCCAUACCGUGCUCCUGUUCUCUUCGUCCGGAAGAAGAACAAGGAUUUGCGGUUGUGCAUCGAUUAUCACAAGCUCAAUGCGCAAACGAUCAGAAACGUCGGCCCUCUCCCACGCAUCGACGAUCUUCUCGAGCGACUGGGCGGCGCCAAGUUCUUCUCCAAGCUGGACCUCAAGUCGGGAUAUCACCAACUCGAGAUUCAGAAGGAGGAUUGCUACAAGACCGCGUUUAAGAUGCAAUAUGGGCAUUUCGAAUGGCUGGUUAUGCCAUUUAGCCUUACGAAUGCCCCGACCACAUUCCAAGCGGCUAUGACAACGGAGUUCCGACACAUGCUGGAUCGAUACGUACUUAUCUACCUCGACGACAUCCUGGUGUACAGCCGGAGUUUGGAGGAGCAUGUGGAACACCUGCGCACCGUUCUGGAGCGGCUACGACAAGCCAAGUACAAAGCCAACCGCGACAAGUGCGAAUUCGCGCGGCAGAAGCUGGAGUACUUGGGACAUUAUGUGACGCCGCAAGGCAUCCGUCCGCUUGCGGACAAGAUCGAGGCCCUUCGAGUAUGGCCCGAGCCCACCAACACCACGGACGUUCGUUCAUUCAUGGGAUUGGCGGGCUACUAUCAGCGAUUCAUCACCGGAUACUCGAGGAUUGCUGCACCUAUGACGAGAUUACAAUCGCCAAAGGUGCCAUUCGUAUUCGAUGACGACGCACGCCGGUCAUUCCAAGCACUUAAGACGACUAUGCUCAUGGCACCCGUCCUUAGCAUCUAUGACCCCGCCCUAUCUUCGGAUCACCCGCCGGCCAGUAACUAUCGCAUUGCCGACGGGUACUUGCUAUUCCACUCGAGAGGCAAGGACUUACUGUGUGUCCCACGAGACCGUCAUCUUCGGACUCGCCUUCUCGGAGAGUUCCAUGACUCGCGACUCGCCGGCCAUUUCGGAAUCAACCGCACUAUUGCACGGCUUCGACAACGAUUCCGAUGGCCCGACCUCAUUACCGAUGUCACUCGGUAUUGCGACUCUUGCGAAGUUUGUCGACGCAGCAAACCCCGCAACCGCAAUCCCUAUGGCGAGCUACGCCCGAUGCCUAUCCCACGGGAACCCGGUCUCUCCAUUGCCAUGGACGUCACCGGUCCGUUCCCUCGCGACCGACUCGGGCACGACGGCAUCCUCACGGUUGUGGACCGAUUGAGUAAGUACGCGCGUUUUCUUCCUUGCAAGUACUACUCCACGGCUCUCGAGCUGGCACGCCUGCUGCAUACCGGUUGGAUUUGUGGCCACGGUGUACCAGAAGACAUAGUCAGCGACCGCGACACUCGCUUCAUGUCGGCAUUUUGGACUGCUCUCAUGCAGGAGUCCGGCACGAAGAUGAAACCAAGUUCGGCUCGGCAUCCACUGACGGACGGGCAAACAGAGCGGGCACAUCAAACCGCUCAAAUGAUGCUUCGUACACUCAUCCGUCCGGACCAGAAAGAUUGGGUUGAGCGCCUCCCCAACAUCGAGUUCGCCUACAACACUUUGGUGCACCCGACGAUCGGCGUGACUCCAUUCGAGUUGCACCACGGUGGACGGAAAGGCCGUAUCUUCGCCGACCUUCUCCUCCCUCGACCAACCGACAUUGACGCCGCUUGCUCUCCCGCUUCCGUCCGGAAGUACAGGGAAUUGCCGACUCAAGCCCGCGCGAAUAUGCAAAAGGCUCAAGUCUGCAUGCAGCAGCAAGCCAACAGGCGUCGCGUGCCAUGUCCCAUCCGAGCCGGUGAUCUGGUUUGGGUCUCCGCGGAAGAGUUUGCAUUGGAACAGGAUGUUUCACGCAAACUGCUUCCCAAGUGGUUUGGACCAUGGUCUGUGACAUCAGCCGCGGGCGAUGAGCCCGAUGGCCCUUCAUUUGUGAUCAACAUUCCCGAGCAUCUGACGGUCCAUCCAGUCUUUCACGCAUCAAAGCUGGCAACAUAUACACCAGCUAAGAGCGACGACUUCCCGGGCCGACGAUCGCAGGACCCUCCAUUUAUGGAUGGUCAUUAGGAGGUUGACCGCGUCAUCUCGGAUCGCAAGUACGGCAGCAAGCCGCGACAGUACAAAGUUACAUUC